GCUCAGUUUUGAUUCACAUGUUAUGUAUCACUCCCCAUUUUCACUUUCUGAUUCCCAAACGAUUGUUCUACCUCUAACAGCCUAGUACGUAGACAAAAUGUUGUAGUUUUCAUGUCCACGACCAACUAUUCUUCAGUUUAUUUUUCAAAAAUGAAUCCUUAGUAAUUCAUUGCUUAUUUAGUACGUCCUGCUUGUUUGGAUAAUUUUUUUUUUAGUCAAACUACGCACAUCCACAACACAAGAAAAUGUUGGCUCCUGAAUCGAGUGGCGUCGAAAUGGUACCUAUGGAGGGUACCCAUAGAGCUAUCGAGGAUGCGGUCAACGACGGUAUCAUAGAACGUGGAUUCAAGUCUGCUCCCCCCGUGAUGGUCGACGACGGGAAUGCGUAUCACGACACCGCAGCAAGAAUGGACAAGAGGAGUGUGAUUGUCACUGACGAAGCAACAGGGAAACAAGUGAAGCAACCACAUCCGGAGAAAUUAAAGAAAAUCGCAGCACGGUUGAACGAGAAUAAAGAUCAAUUUUCCGCUUUUCAGCAAAGGCAUAGUCUUUACAUCCCGAAGAAGAGGAAGUCGGAUCAUAAGUUAAGGCUUUCAUUUUUAGUGUAACCUAGACAUACUUUACACCUAGUGGUAUAAAUACCCUAGUAGAUUGAUAGUAGAGACUGAUGCAUGUGUUUCAAUUUCUCUGUUCUCACGUGUUGAGCAUGUUGACGAGCAGUGUGAGUCUCUCCGUGUCAACAUGUUGAGAUCACCAGUCGAUUUUUCACGUACUAUGCUUGACCACGACCGUGAAGAUCAAAAGUCAUGUUUGAUUUUUCAACUGGUAGGUCAUCUUCCUCUAACUCUAGCCGCGGAGGCUUUCUUGAAAAGUCAUGUGAACGCAACGGUAGCGGGAGUCGCUGGUAGUCUGGAAAAGCUCGAUGAGCAAGAAGACGAGGAGGAUGAGGAGGAGGAAAAGCAUUGGAUACGUCACGAGUUGCAUAAUUAAGGCUUACUUAUAAAUAUUCAUCUUAAGAGGCAUCUUUGACGUGCUUUCAAAGGGAAAAAGAGGUCAAAGAGACGGCUCGAGAUGAAUAGAGGGAAGGUCUAACCUAAGUUGGUCUCCUCAGCAGCUUUUGAGGGCUUCGUCAUCUUCUGCCUCCUCGUCGAUAUCUUCACAGUCUUCUCAGCGGAACAGACCUCAGUGGCGUUUCAUUUCAAGGUUCUUAUAGUUUUUUUUUCGGAAUUUUGCAUUGGUUGCGCAUGAUCUUUUUGAUUGGUAUAACGACAUGUGGUCACGCAAUCUAUCUCGCUUUUUUUAUAGGUACGCGCUGAUUACUAGAGCCGCGGACCUUCAACCUUGAACCUUGAACCUAGAAGUGAUACAGAUACAGGGAUGAACUACUUCCUAUAGUCCUACAUCACAAGAAUCAAUUGGUUAUAGUACACAAUCAAACCCACUACCACUCCAGGAUCAUUCCGGUUACAGCGAAGAGCUUGUGCUGAAUUACAACCACGAUUUGAACUAUGUCUAUAAAAACGGACAAGCAACAACGCCAUCUUCGUCUCAUCGUCUGCUCUCUCCUGCUUCUGACGCACAAGAAUGGGCAAAUCCAAGUGAGAUAUUAUCUGCAUCAAAUGCUGCUGCCAAAUCGAAGACAGGGGAUCUCCAUCCUAGGGCUUCAUGGUCGUAUUCAGGAUUGACAGACAGGGUGGACGACGAUGAGGACCUCCAUGGUGAACAUCAACAUCGUAGUUCCUCGGAGAUGUCCUCUAACAAUCGAGGAACCAGACUUCGAAGAGCGGCUAGCAUUGUAGAUCAUGAUUCAACAAAUGAACAUGAAGAUACCUCCUUAUUUGCCUCAUCUAGUACAACAUCUUCCGACAUCAUGCAACCGCGUCGCUUUUUAGCAGGAAGUGGUCACAAGAUUAGUGAGGCCCACGUCUCUGCAAGCUACGACUUCGCCCACGCGUGCAUUAUCAUCUCCAAAGCGAUAUUGACGUUCUUUCUGUUCGAAAUCUGUUUAAGGCUAGGUUAAAGGUGUUCCUGUUACCGUUCGUUUUGCCUUUCUGAAAGAGGAGAGGCCUAACGAACGGAGUUCGUUCGUUUUGCCUUUCUGAAAGAGGAAAGGCAUAACUACUAACGGAGUAUUAAACGAACACCAAAAUAAGCCUACCUCUAAUCUGUGCCCACAUUGUUGUGCACGGACCCACGGACUACUUUCUUGCUGCUAACACGCCAGUACCAGUCUUGGUUGGCCACUGGGUUGAUGCGGUUGUGGUAAAAUAUAUUUAUUAGUAUUUUACAUGACUAGUUGAUGCCCAUGCCUGCUCAAAAUAAUGGGUCCUCAUUUAUUAUAGUCAUACUGUUAGAUAGUAUUGUUGCUUACAAGACUCGUCCUGGACUAAGACAUUACUACAGUUUAUUUCUCACCCGAGCCUAUCACAACAUCUUUAGAACGGGAAGUUUUAGUUUUUAGAACACAAUGAUAUCUUAAUUUUCAAAGACUUUGUUCACUAAGAAAACUUAAUAAAACUAUGCACACAUACGACACAUGAUCAUCAUAGGUCCCAGUCUCUUGGAGGAAGAUAGUGGAAUUUUUCCUACAUCUAUCAAGCACUCUACUACUUUAGGUCCCAGUCUCCUGGAUCGUCGAGUUCUUUCUCGAGGAGUGGAUGCACGCGAUGGGCUGGCUUAUCAUCUUGCGAAUGUGGCGUGUUGUCCGCCUCUUGAGUGGGUUUUACAUUUCCUUGUCCAUGAUGCAUGCGGAGCACGAAAAAUCGAUGGAAUUGAUGGAUUUCACGAUGCAAGUUACAGGCUUUCUCGAAGAUGAGGACCUGUUUGGGAAGUUUGAGGAAUACCAACACUUGUGGGAAAUGAAAAAGAAGGAGCACAACGAAUUGAGGAAAGCAAGAAAGACUGGAGCUGUUGCGAAGCUAACUAAAAGUGCGUCGAUUAAGGCUGGUCAUCUUGUUUGAGUGGGUGAAGAGUGUUUCAUUUACAUUUUCUCCUUCGAGUGAUAAGUUUUAGCUUAAUAAUAGAUUACUUCCAUGUAGUUAUGUUGACUUAAUAUAAUUACUUCCAUGUAGUUAUGCUUAUGUUGACUUAAUAAUAGAUUACUUCUAUGUUGAAGUUAUAAUACAACAGUUAGAUUUACAUACUUCUUCUAAUCCACUGGCGGUAAAUAGAGCAGUAGGGGCUGUUGGCGGAGCAGUUGGAAUCGGAAAAGCCGCCAGAAUGACCGAGGGGGAAGAAGAUGCUCCUGGGAUAGAAGCUGUUGAUGAGGGGGUAGAAGCUGUUGAUGAGGAAGAAGAAGCGGGAGACGCCGUCGUUGUGCCUGUGAAUGAGGCAGGAGAACCGGAAGAUCAGAUAUAGGAAAUGUUCUACCGGAUAAAAAGAAGUUCAUCUAUCUAUGGACUACAGUCGACCGUUCUUGUAGGUGGUAGUGAGAUUUAUAAGAAAUGUUCUACGUCGCUUCUAAAAAGGAGUUCUACUAUCGACCACCAGCGUAAUUGCUGGCUAGAGAUUGAAGAAGAAAAUAAUAUCCUAGAUAGAAGCUACCACUUCGUCGAAGUCCACUCCGUCAUGAUGAUUACUUCUGUAGCUUCUAGUCCUUGUUCUUCAUUCAAAAAAAAAUGUUUUUCACUAGUUGUAUGUAUGGUUCGCAUAUACGCAUACUUUGAGAAAAUGAUGAAUUUCACAUGUUUUCAUAGAAAUCAAUGCAACAAAGUACAGUGACAGAACAAAGUGUUGAACAGUGAUUUUACUAUGCAUUAGAACGAUUAUCAAAUAAUUGGAAUGAUAGCGAACGAAGACACAACUAUAACUAUCUUAUUUGGUCAAUGCCAUGACUUACUUAGGCACUUGGAUUGGAAGUCAAACUCAUACUACCUAUGCUUUCAAAUGUUUUUCCGAAGCAGGAACACAAAGAUGCAAACCUUAAAAGAUGAUGACCAUGACGAGAAACAACCAAAAUAAAGAGGAAAACUGCAGGG